CUGCCCGCGGACUGAAGCAGUCGCUAGAGUUUCAUCGUCUGCUUUUAGUGCUUUCUUCUAAGCACUGGGGGUUAAGGUUAAGAACCUGUGCAGUGACACAUUUUGCCUCUGGAAAGAAAAGAAAAGGGGGUUAAGUUUAAAAGGUUUUCCUAAUUUCCUGCGCAAACGGCACGAGAGGAUUAAAUGCAGAGGCUGGAGUAAAGAGAGAGAGAGAGAGAAAGGUUUGAGCGUAAAAGUUCAACAACUCAAGUUCAUCAACUCUGUGAGGCGAACUGAAUGACUCCAGACUCUUUUGUCUACGACAAAUUUAUUUAAUAAGGAGAUAAAAAGCGGUUUGUCUUGCGCGCGCUGCAAGCAGGGCGCAUGCCUUAAGUUUGCGCGCUUGUCAAGCGAUCGAACGUUUAAUUGACACCUGUUGCAUUGUGACGCGCGAUACUGUACUGUAUCCCGGUAAGUGGUUCGAACAUUUAAAAAGUUGAAUUCGAGUGAUUUCUCUGGAACUCUUGUGGAAUGGACAGCGCCGGACUGUUUGGGGAGUAUGUUCUUCAGUUUGUAAGUGUAUAAAUGAGAGAGAAAACACACGGGGAACUCGAGCGCCAAGUUAAAUCUUUCUGAGGUGGAAUUGUUACAUAUUUUCAGAAGUAACUCCUACUUUGUGUGCGGUUCAAAAAAAAAAAGUAACUCAAAGAACAUCACGUAGAGCAGAAGACCAGGUUCAGCUCUCAGGUCUUCAGCUUUGGAACUUUAGAGAAACUUUUGAGGACUGAACGGACCGUUGGUUGAAGUCGGCAAACAAAGGAGGCUUUUCCCAUUUCUUGGACCAGGAAAUAUGGAUGUGAGGAUGAACCAAGGACAUCUACUUCUGGCCGUGACCCUCAUCGCCUGCAACUCACAGCUGCUGGUGGUCGCCAACUCGUGGUGGUCAUUAGCCAUGAACCCCAUCCAGAGGCCGGAGAUGUACAUCAUCGGAGCGCAACCUUUGUGCAGCCAGCUGACGGGCCUGUCUCAGGGCCAGAGAAAGCUCUGUCAGCUCUAUCAGGACCAUAUGGUUUAUAUCGGAGAGGGGGCGAAGACGGGCAUCAAGGAGUGUCAGUAUCAGUUCAGGCAGAGGCGAUGGAACUGCAGCACGGUGGACAACACAUCGGUGUUCGGGCGCGUCAUGCAGAUAAGCAGUAGAGAAACAGCUUUUACAUACGCCAUCAGUGCAGCGGGCGUAGUGAAUGCAGUAAGUCGGGCAUGCCGUGAGGGCGAGCUUUCCACCUGUGGCUGCAGCAGAGCGGCCCGUCCCAAAGACCUCCCAAGAGACUGGCUUUGGGGUGGCUGUGGGGACAACGUCAACUAUGGCUACCGUUUCGCCCGGGAGUUUGUGGAUGCCCGCGAGCGGGAGAAGAACUACCCACGUGGAUCAGUCGAGCAUGCGCGCACACUUAUGAAUAUACAGAACAAUGAAGCCGGGAGAAUGGCAGUGUACAAUCUGGCCAACGUCUCGUGUAAGUGUCAUGGCGUCUCCGGUUCAUGCAGUCUGAAGACCUGUUGGCUCCAACUGGCCGAUUUCCGUCGUGUUGGUGAGUUCCUAAAGGAGAAGUACGACAGCGCCGCUGCCAUGCGUAUUGGCCGACGAGGCAAACUGGAACUGGUCAACAACCGCUUCAACCCCCCAACACCUGAAGACCUGGUCUACAUCGAUCCCAGUCCGGACUACUGUUUGCGUAACGAGACCACUGGCUCCCUGGGCACCCAGGGCCGUCUUUGCAACAAGACCUCUGAGGGAAUGGACGGAUGCGAGCUAAUGUGCUGUGGUCGUGGUUACGACCAAUUCAAGACCUACAAACAUGAGCGAUGCCACUGCAAGUUCCACUGGUGCUGCUACGUCAAAUGCAAGCGCUGCACAUCACUGGUAGACCAAUUCGUCUGCAAGUAGCACCCUGGGAACGGGACAGAAGCCCUGGAGAGGCACUGAGCAAUUAGUGGGAAACGAAUAGGACCCUUGGUGGACCCCUAGGGGGAACUUAGAGAUAAUUAAAUGUAAAAUGAAAUAUUAAAUAGCGACAAAUUAAAGUAUAUAAAUAAGUGUACGUGUGCCAUUGAUAGUAAUUUAAUGACUUUUUCUGACUUAAGGAUCAAAAGUUGGACGUCAUUGAUGAAACAGAGGCACAGAGUGCUCGUUUAUGUUGUCGUCAAGGUGUUCUCUCUACCGAAAGUGCCCGGCGAACACGCUUGUGUUUGAAUCAAGAGACGGUGUGACCCUCUGCCGUCUUUAGAAGGAAGAGCCUACAAACUCUUAAGAGACUCUGGAAAGAGGAUGGAGAACAACAUGGCACACGGUCCAUCGCCUUUUCUAGACCUUUGUUUCACCACUUGCUUUGAGACUGUGCUGAUUCUUGACAAGACCUCUACAAACACAGUCCACCUUGCCUAUAGCAGAGCUCUUAAAACCUUAAGUCAAAUGGGGACACCAGGGAUGCAGAGAAACGCAGAGUUAUUGGACAUUGUGUUCUAUGAUGUCAUGUUGAUCUUUGAGAUAUGACAGAACAGCAUGCUGCUUCUAAACCUCAUGUUAUGCGAGCCACUCCCCCCCACUGAUUCUGGAGAGACAAGUGAAAGAUGAAACCAGGAACAAGUACUGCCUGGAAUGGAGUUGAAAUCACCGCAGACUCAUGCUGCUCCCUAUAAAUCUUUUCCAUACGAUCUAAAACGUCUGUCAUUUGAUUUUUGACACAAAGAAUCCUUAAUAUAGGCUUUCAAAUGUCUGUUAUAAAUUUUUGAUGCAUUUCAGGGUCUUCCAAAUGUCAUAUCUUGGUAUUAGAGCUGAUAUUGAGGAGAAUAUUGUGUUGUUCUGUCACAGUGAUGAAUGUGUGUGUGGAAAAAAAAACAACAAGGCUACAUGAUAAGGACUGCAAAAAUAUUAUUGUAACCAAAUACUAGUGGUUCAGAUUAUAUUUUAUUAAUUGCUUCUCAUUGUAUACAUCAUAUGUAUUGUUCUGAUUAUAAUUUUUCGAUAAAGAAGCUUUUUACUGGG